AUGAACGCCACGGCGAUCCAAAAAAUGGCCAGAGGCAUGCAGGCUAGAGCCCUCUUCCGGAGAAAGCGAGCACAGGUCAUGGUGCAGCGGCAGAUGCUCUUCUUCCUCGCCAGAGCCUACGUCGCCUCCGUCAAGGUGGCGAGGAAGAUCCGCGAGGAAAUGCGCAAGAAAAACGUGAGCAAUGGCUGGGGGGCGGCGGUCGCGAUGCAGAGCACCAUAAGAAUGUUCGCCGAUAGGCGCCGCGCCCAGAAGAUGCGGCGAGAAUUCGAUGGUGCCGUCCGAAUUCUGCAGCCACUUGUCCGUGGGCUGCUGGCCAGGAUAGCGGCCCGUAGGGAACGAGCGCUGCUAGGCCAGGUCUGGGGGUGGCUCGGAACGGACACCGCAACCGCCAACGGCAUCUACGCCCGGUUUUUGCCCAAGAACAAGUACCUUAUUUCCAGAGAAAACGUAGCCUUACAACAGUUCUCUGCGUCCCACCCCGCCAGCGGGCACAUCGGUACGGGGAAUGAUAACGACUUACAGAAGGUGAAUGCCGAGGUCAGGCAAGCAACAGCCUGGUGCAAGUGCAUGUGCUGUCUGUACUUUGUCGUUCGACCUUCGCAGGGGCUCGAACCCACCUCUUCUCUCGUUCGAUCAACCCUGGAAGUACUGCCCGGGGAGAGACACUUCACGGAAAAGUUCGACAGGGACAAGACAGGCACCUGCUCCAAGGUCGAGUUCAAGAUCGGUCUCGAGAGCUUCCUCCGCGAAGUGGGCUAUCCGCUCCAGAAAGAAGAGGCGGCUUUGAUCGUGAAGCGCUACUUCGACGGAGACGGCUUCUGCGCCUGGCACUCGUUCCUGAACUCGUACCACAACGCGGGCUCCAAAUCGAGCGCCUGCUCCCGACAUGGCCGCCUCCUGUGCACGCUGUGCAUCCGGACGAAGCAACUCGGCUUUAAGAUGUGCGAAUGUGGGCACGUGUUCGACGCCCAUGAGCUGGUGGUGGGUGGAUCUGGGCCGGUAAAAGGGGAGACCGUUCGAAAGCAGGACCAGCGUGGUCGGGUGGUUCCGCAAAAGCAGCUCAGUGCUUUGCUGUCGAAAGGCCUGUCCAAGACCGUCGUCGACCGACCAAUCAACGUCGAGGGCUGCUCCGCAGCAUUUAACCUCCGCCGGGCUCAAUACACCAAUACCUCCCCAUCUCAAGCGACCCUCAUCUCCGCUCAAGGCCCCAAUGCCUUCCGCGUUACCGGCGUGCGGGGGGGAACCAAAAUGCCUCCACAUGCGACAACAUCCAGUCGCUCCCUGCGGCGAUCGCGACGACACAAACCGUGCAGGGGGCAAAGAAGCAUCGUUCAAGAAGCAAGCCAACCGGGUGGUGUCACAGCUCUUUCUCUGGCGGAGCUUUCCCCUCCAUUCUUCGGGCGGCGUACAUCAGCUGAUGGUGCUGAUGUUUCUGGUGCUGUUGCGCGGUCACCGACUGCCACUGGGGGUAUUGUGGGCUUCCCAAAGGAAAAUGUGGAGGUGGUUCGUCCCGAAAACCAGGGUGCUUCGUCUCCGAACAAGAGAAGAAUCACCUACAUACCAACGGUAGGUUUUGUGCUGUGA